AUGGCCGACAGCCACAGCGACGCCAAGUCCGAAUCGCCACAAAAAUGGCCUCGAAAAGAUCGCAGGACGACAUUCCACGAGAAAUGGUCACCGUUUCCUUGGCGAGUAACUGGCGUCUUGUUGGCAAUCCCUCUUGCGCUCGCCUGCAUUGUCGGUCUCGCUGCGGCGGCGGAAACGGUUUCGCAGGGCUACAUCAUGGGACGAGACUGUUACCCAAACGGCCUUUGGAAAGAAGCCACCGGAGCAACAUGGCGCAUCAUGGAUUCCUCCUACUUCUUUACACCGAAUUUGAGCUUCGGUGCUCUCACCUUUACGCAGGUCAAAGUCAUAGAUGUCGCAUGGGACCUGAUUAUUGGAAGAGGCGGACAGCUCUUGUUGGCAUGGGUAAAUUACCGCGUCUUCAACGAGUGGCUGGUAUAUCACAUGGAGAUGCAUCACACGUCAUACAAACUAUACGCUGCUGUAGCCUUCGAGACAACAACCAUGGCCACCCUCGGCGUACUGGGAAAAGAGUUCUUGGCUUAUGGGGCGGGCACCUGGAAGCGUUUUUUUCGUUGGCUCGCUAUCCUCUCAAUGCUGCUUUCCACCCUCUAUGUCAUCGCGUUCCCAACCUUGAUGGCAGCCAUGACGGGUUAUAUUACGACUUACAAACCUUACAUCGAAGAUAUCGAUGGUAAUCUCAUGGAAUGGAGCAAGGCCAAGGACGUGGCUUAUAUCAUUCAGGACGCGGACAGGGUGGGCUUGAAAGCUCCUCUUAUCGUCACAGCGGAUGAUCAGCCGCUUAUUGAUGCUAUUCACCAUUACAAAGGGCAAUUUAGUAGUUGGAACGAGUCAUAUUUCCGGAUAUUCGGUGAUGGAGUCAAAACAAUAUCGGUUGAGCAUAUCCCCGCCCACGGUUUCGGCAUAACCAAUGGAACCUUGCACAACAUUACGGCAGACUUUAUAUUCGACGGCGUAACGAAUUCUACGCCGUCGACAUCUUACAGCCUGGAUAUCUUCAGCUUCAACCUCACACUUCAUGGACUUAACUCCGGAAGGAAGCUCAGCGAAUUUCCUGAAUCUCAAUACACCUUCGAGAAACGACCAGAUGCGAACCACUCUUACAUGGGGCAAUACUUACUGGACCACGGAUCUUGCAACCCUAGCGAAACGUACCAAUGGGGCUUCUCUUACAUCUUCCUCUUCAUGGUGUCGAUAUUCAACUUCGUCUGGGUCUGCAUCAUGGUCGGCAUGUGGCUUGAUACACGACGCGGAUCUAUGAUGUAUAGGAGUGGAAGGAGGCCGGGGCUUUUGCGCAGCAUUAUGGAUUACUCGGCUGCGAUACGGGAGGAGUUGGGUAACGAGGCAAAUUACCUGGAGGAGGAUGAGCUAAGGAAACGGUUGACGCAGAGUAGAGGGGCGCUAGUCGUGGAGAAGAGGGAGCUUAGGGUCACAAGGACGAGUACGGGGGAGAUGACGAAGAGAGGUUGGAAGCGCGGUUUGACUAGUGGGAGCACGUUUUGA